UCCUUGGUGAGCAGCUGCCUGGUGCAGAGGAUUUCCACCCCAGGGGUAGGGCGGAGACUCGCAGAGAAGAUGGCGAUGGGGCUUACGGCAGCGCUCCUCUUCCUCUUCAUCAUGAAAGCCUGGGCACAGCACGGUCCAUCGCAGGUGGUUGGGGUUGUUCAUGAGGUGGCGUAUCUCAGCCCCAGCCUGAAAAGCCAGAAACCCUUCACCCAAAUCCACUGGCGACGCAACAACUCUGUGAAGAUCGCCAGCCGGAAGAGCAGGGAGGAGGUCCAGUACCCCAACAGCAUCUACAGGGAACGUCUGGAGCUCUUUCCCAAUAACACGUUAAAAAUCAGCCACCUGCAGAAAAAUGACAGCAGCAUGUACCAGGUGUACCUGGAGGAUGAGGUGGGCAAGGAGCACAUCGAAAGCAUCCUCCUGACGGUGUACGAUCUGGUCCCGAAGCCCACUGUGAACGCUAAAGUGAUCAGUGCUGACCCGGAGUUGUGCGAAGCCAUCCUGGAGUGCUCGGUGGGGCUCGAAGGGGUGACCUACAAGUGGAUCCCCCACAGCAAGUUCCCUCUGGGGAGUGGGGGUGCCUCUGAGCAGCGCGUCGCCUUCAACCCCUCGAUGGGAACCUACACCUGCCAAGUCAGCAACCCUGUCUCCUCCAACAACGCCUCGCUGACCUACAGGCACCCCUGCUCCUGGACAGCUGAAUCUUCUGCUGCUGCAUCACACACUCCCCCCAGCCUGCUGGUGGUCCUGGGACUCCUCCUCCUCCUCCCUCAGGCGUAAGGACGCUCUUCGGUUGACACCUCUCCUCGUCUCGUCGCCCCCAUUGCAGGACCGGUGCCUGCAGGAGACUCCCAAACUGGUUGGAUGCAGAAAGAUGUGGUUGCUCGGAGGAAGGAUUACAACCGGUGUCCGUUACACCAGCACCCACCUGGUCCCAGCCAGAGCCACCUGCUUCCCACCAGCCCCGUCUCUGUCUGCUCUGCUGCUGCCCUCAGAGUAGCUCAGUGCCUCAGUUUCCCUCCUCACCUUUUCUGCUUUGCUCUAAGCAGAGGUCAUGUUCUCUAGAUCCAAACAAAACUGAUGAAGUCUCUUGCAGUGGUAUUUCAGGAAUCUAAAUCGCAAAAUUUAUGGUUAAUUGCUUGGAAAUCCUCCUCUCCUCAUCCCUGAGAUCUGCAGAGAGACCCAAUCUGAGCCUUUCCCAGGGCUCCCUGUGGACUUGGGGGGAUCCUCAGCCAUGCUGCCGGUGCUGCCCUUCAGGGGACCGAGGAGCAGUGUCACAGUGCAUGAUGUCUUUAGACUGAAACUGGUGACACCAGCGCGGGUGCAGCUGGCUUCGCGUCUGAAGCGCCGAAACAUCUCAAGGGGGCAGAGCUGAGGAGGUUUUUCCUGCAGCGAAGGAUCGGGCAGGGCGAGGGCGAGAAUGGUUUCCGCCUUCCAAAAUGUCUGUGUGCACAUUAAAUGAGCAGUAACU